UGACCUUUGAGGUCAGAGGAAAUGAGAGUUUGGUUUUGGGCAAAAGGAAUGCUUCGCUCGCCGCCUCCCGAGGCGCGACAAAGAGGAAGUCAGUCGGCUACUUAACGGAGGCUCCGCGUGUCGUGGUCACAACGCUGCCUCCAACACGCAGCUCGCGAUCCAGCCGCGGCCACCAUGGACACAACGGGGCGCUACAACGAGGCGCCGUCCACCAGCAACCUGGGCAACGACGAAGACGAUUUCCCGCUAUUCGAAGCUUUCCACGAGGACGACAAAGUGUUUGACGACGACCCCGAUCCCAGAGGCUGGCGCGAGUCGCUCAGGGUGGUGGAAGUCAACACGUGCAGGGACAUCAACAUGCCCAAGCACCGCACACAGGCCUACGACACCGAGCACCUGGUGAUCCGCCGGGGGCAAGAGUUUGUCCUGCGCGUCACCUUUUCCCGACCCGUCACCCCCAGGGACAAGUUCAAGCUGGAGUUCCUGAUCGGUUCCAGGGCCUCGGUCCGUCGACGCACCCUGGAGGAGGCCACCUUCGGCACGCGGCGCAGGGGUCGCUGGCCAGGUCGGAUCGUGGAGUCCCAGGGCUCGUGGCUGCUGUUGGGAAUCACACCGCAGGCCGACGCCAUCGUGGGCAAGUUCCGCAUGUACGUCACCAUCGUGACCGCAAAAGGGCUGCAGCGCACCAAGAGGGACCCGGACACCGACUGUUACAUUCUCUUCAACUGCUGGAAUAGCGAGGACUCCGUGUACUAUCCGGACGACGAAGGACGGCAGGAGUACGUUCUCGGCGACGUGGGCGCCAUCUACAUGGGCUCCAAAGAGACCUUACUCAGUCGCGACUGGGUAUUCGGACAGUUUGAUCGAGGCAUCUUGGACGCCUGCAUUUACAUCCUGGACGCAUCCCGCAUGCCCAUCAGAAACCGCGGCGACGCCAUUAAAAUGGUCCGGAAAGGUUCGGCCGUGAUUAACUCCCAGGACGAAGACGGCGUCCUGGUGGGCAACUGGAGCGAGAACUUUUCCGGGGGCACGGCGCCCACCCUGUGGACGGGCAGCGUGAAUAUCCUGCUGCAGUACGCCAACACGGGCAGCCCCGUGCGCUACGGCCAGUGCUGGGUGUUUGCCGGAGUCUUCAACACCUUCCUGCGCUGCCUGGGCAUCCCGGCCAGAGUCAUCUCCAACUUCAACUCGGCUCACGACAACAACGGCAACUUGAAGAUCGAACUCGUCUUCAAGUCGGACGGAUCCGCGGACGAGCGAAACACGCAGGACUCCAUCUGGAACUACCACUGCUGGAACGAGGUCUACAUGAAGCGCCCCGACCUGCCCCCACGACUGAGCGGCUGGCAGGUGGUGGACGCCACCCCGCAGGAGACCAGCGACGGCCUCUACCGCUGUGGCCCCGCCUCGGUGCUCGCCAUCAAGGAGGGUCAGGUGGGCCACUCCUACGACGCUCCCUUCAUUUUCGCUGAGGUGAACAGCGACGUCCACUACUUGACGCGGGACAAAUACGGCAAUGUGAUCUCGGUCUACGUGGACAAGACGCUGGUGGGAAAGGGACUCUUCACCAAGCACAUCCUGGCGGACACCCCGGACGAGGUCACGUUCACGUACAAGCACCCCGAAGGAAGUCCCGACGAGGCCAAGGCAAUGGUGGCAGCACAGGGCUUCGGUCUGGAGAGGGAUGACGCUGGAGCAGGCCAAGCAGAUUCUCAGAUCACCUGCUCGCUUUCCACUCAAGAGGCUCAGGUGUUGCUGGGCAAGGACGUGGACCUGGUGGUGGAGUUCCAGAGCAAGAGCGACACGGCCCAAACGGUCAAAGCGCUGGUGACGUGCGCCGUUAUCUUCUACACGGGCGUGCUGUCCAAUCGCUUCACAUCUGAGGCCGUGGAGAUCACCAUGCCACCCAAUAAGACCGAGCGUGUGGUGGUGAAGAUCAGGGCUCAGGAUUACCUGAAGAACUUGGGCUUCCAGCGCUUCCUGUGCUUCACGCUGGCGGGUCACGGCGACACUGCGUACCUGAACGCCAUGAAGGUGGUCUACCUGCAGGCCCCCAACCUCCAGCUCACGGUCAGUGGCAUUCAAGCGGUCGGACAGGACAUGUUUGUCAACGUCUCCUUCGUCAACACCUUCACCUUCCCUCUCUACAACGUCACCUUGGCCAUAGAGGGCCCCCGAACCAUGACCAACAGGAAACGCUUCUACAACAUCCUCCAACCUCAAGCCUCUUUCAACUGGAAGGAAUCCUUCAUCCCGCAAAUAACCGGAAAGCGCACCCUGGUGGCCGUGAUGUCCAGUGCCAAUCUGUGCGAGAUUUGGGGAAAGGUUGACUUCAUCGUUGAGGAAAAGCUCAAGGAUGAGGAAGACUGAAGCGGGCCACAUUCGCUUCUCAUUCGCGUGGAUCCGAUGAGGCUCUUUCACGCAAUCCCCGAGAAUGAACGAUGACGGCAAAUCCAUUUUUGAUCAGGCUGGCAAUGAGACGGGAAUGCCGAGCG